UCAGAAUUAUAAGUUUCUCCAACACUUGUUUUAUCACAUCACCAUGAGGAUAACAAUAAUUCUGUUAAUGUCGUUCUGUUUGGUCAUAGCAGAGCCUGAUGCACCCAAAUUCGACCAUCCCAAAAUAAUAGCAGGUAUCGCAGAAUGCUCUAAUACAAAAGGUAUUGACAUACAAAUGUUAUUUGAUGCCCUUAAGACAGAUGUAGACGAUGCUCAAAUGAAAGACUACAAUUAUUGUAUAUUGAAAAAAAUCGACUUGAUAAAAGAUGAUGGAACACCAAAUACAGAAGUUGCUAAGGAGUACGCCGAAAAAUUCUUUCCGGAAAUAAGUGAAGUUUUAUUGAAUACGUGUUACAAAGGUAAAGGAGAUCCUGUGGAGGUAUCUUACAUCAUUAGUAAAUGUGUAUCAAGCUUUCAUGUGUUUGAUUGAAAUAUCUGUAAAAAUUAUUUCAAUCUAUUCAGUUAUUAUAAAAGUAGAAAUUACAUCUAAUGAAUAGGUGAAUGAAUAAAUAGAAUCGUUCAAGUAAGUGAAACAUUUUGUUAUUAUUUAUAGCUUCCCUUGUAAAAACACCAGGUUGCCCUUAAAAUUAUAUUAUUUCUGAAAAA